GCAAGCCCCCCAAGAUGUGGACAGCUAUUCUGUUUUUCCUGCUGAUUUCCUUCUGCAUAUCUGAAAACAGGGAUUCCAUCUUAAAACAGAGCGGGGCCCAAGUUGCAUGGAUAAAUCUACUCAGUAGUGAAAAACAUUGCAAGCAAGCUUGUAGAGGCACAACGGUUUCAGGUAAUCGCUACUGCUGGUCAGUGCUUUAUCAAAACCGCUGUGUCCUCCUGCGCUGUCCUCAACUGAAAGCAUGUCAGAAUGCCAGCACACAGGACAUCAGAGAACUAAUGGGAGAAUUCGUGAUCCGUAAAAGAAGAGAGACUGGAAUAACCCUGCAGCCCAAUAAAACAGAAGGAAAACCAGAGAUGCGGACUAAUAAGACAUUUGUUAAUACAGAUUAUACAGAAGUGCCUCUUUCAUUAACUCAAGCAAGUAAGAUAUCUAAUGAUAGUGGGGUCAUCAUACCUGUAAUGAUUGUGAACACUACCAAUGCCACCUCUCCACUUAAAACAGGAACAACAGCCCUAAGCAGAAUUCAUAACAAUACAACCACAAUUAGUAAUAAAUUAGACAUAUCUUCAGUUCCCAUCAUCCCUGCUCAUACAACAUCAGUUCCCAUCAUCCCUGCUCAUACUACAUCAGUUCCCAACCUCCCUGCUCCUACAUCAGUUCCCAACCUCCCUGCUCCUACAACGUCAGCUACCACAUACCACAUACAUCUCAGCCUUAACGUUGCGAGUACAGCAGGCUCAAAAAGAACAGGUAACAAGGAACUAACUUUGGGACCAACUGAGAAAAUGACAUCCAUAGAACUUUCCAGGAGUACUGAACCCACAACCGUGAAACAUUUAGUGCCUCCCCCAUACCCAGCUGCUUCCCCCAAAAUUUCUGUGCCAACUAGCUCUGUCAGAAGUCCCUCAACACCAGCAAGCUCAACUGCAGAAGCAACUACCCAUGGUCCACAAACCAUGGGAACCCUCUCUAUAGUUAUAAAUACAUCUCAAGCAACCCAUAAUCCACCGACAUCGAGGCCUCGUUCAGCAGCUACAAGCAUGUCUCUAGCGACUGCAAGAGCAGCCAACAGUCCACCACUACUGAGACCCAGUGCAACAAUGAUCAGCACAGCUCUGACAACUGCAGGAGCAAGUACACCAACAACAAAGUCAGAUGAUAAAACAACAUUGAUAGACAGGACAAAAUCUAAUCUGGCUAGGGUGACUCCCACAGUCUCUACAAAGGAUGCUGAAACCUCCAUCUCUACACAUCAAACAGAGACUACCAGCCAACUUGUGAUGGCACCAACUCAUAUUGCUCCUUCAACAGUGCUUACUGUUACAAGUUCAGCAACAUCGCCCAAAUCAGCAACUGUACAACACAGUCAAGAUCAGCAAGGCCUGAGUAGUAAGAGUAUCUAUCGGCAGGUAGAUAUCAGUUUACUCUUAGCUCUUCUUUUUGGAGUCCUGUUUUUCAUAACAGUUCUGGUUUUAUUUGCCAUGCAGGCAUAUGAGAGCUACAGGAAGAAAGACUACACUCAAGUGGACUAUUUAAUCAAUGGGAUGUAUGCAGACUCAGAAAUGUGAAAGCAAUAGAGUG